GAAACGAUGAAGUGCUUGUCGGGUGCAGUGCUGCUCGCGAGCGCUACCUUGCUGCUGUUGGGUCAAGUAGCGACCGGUCUUUCGGUGAGACCUCGGCGCGAUCUUCUAGAGACGGGGAAAGCGUUAGUGAUACAGGGCAUUUCCAAGGUAAAGGAAGCGCUUGACAACGGUGUCAACGUGAAGUCGGAAGGGAAACGAUCUAUCGAUCUGUUUGGAUUUAAAUUUGGCGGUGGGUCAAGCGUGAACGCCGGUUUCGGUGAUGCAGCAAAUGAGGAUGGUUCCGAAACGGAGGAAGACUUGGUAAGGCGUCGUCGGGCUGUUGAUGUGCUGGGAGCCGCGUAUGCCGUCAGCCUAUUGCCACAGUCAUCGCACGGCACAAACGUUAACAUCGUAAAGGUUAGCUCGGUGUCGAAUGUCAAUAACUUUGGGGAACUACCGCCAGCUGAACCGACGGUGACAACUGCCGCUGAACUACCAGCCGCAAGACGUCGCCGAUCGCCCGAUAUGGUGCAUUUGGUCGGCUUCCAGAAGCAAACGUACACGGUUGAUAGUGAAUCCGGUGGCAAUCGGAACGUAAAGAAGCACGAAACACUGGAAACGAUUAAAGGCGGUAGCCGUACGCUGGUGAAGGAUGGUGUAGCUCGCAGCAAGCGUUCCCCGCAGGAAGAGAAUGGCGAAACUGAUGCGCCACCGAAGGGACCACCACCACGUGGUGGACCUCGGGGACCGCAUGGCCGUGGACCACCGGGUGGAUGUCGGGGAGGACGACCACCACCGGGUGAGGAGGAAGACGCAUCCACGACUGCAGCUACAGCAGAGCGCAGGCGCAAGCGUGACACGAUCGAGCAGUUGGAGAUGGAACGAAGUAAGCGAUCUCCAAAGGGUAUGCAGAGUGCCUCGUGCCGUGGAGGCAAAGGCGGUGGACAAGCGACCACCCCACCAACUGAAGAGGUGAGACGAAAGCGUGACACAUCCGAUCAGAGCAGCGAUUACAGCGAGCACAGUGCGUCGGAAUCGGAGGAAUCGCUAGAAGAAGGAAAGGGCCAGGGUAGGGAAAUGAAUCGCACCCGGCGACAGGCUUUCGGUGGUGGGGAAGGUGCGGGAAAGGUGGGUAGCUGGUUCGAGCAGCUGGCCGGUGUAUUUAAGGAGACGGUCAAGAAGGUGGUUGAGGUGACGAAGAAAACAUUCGGCCGAGGAGAGACUGAAAUGUAG